AUGCCAACUCCAACAACCAUAUCAUUUCAACAAACAAUCGCUGAUUUCUAUUCAAAAUGGAACUAUCCGAACGUGUGUGGUGCGAUCGAUGGGAAACACGUGCGCAUAAGAUGUCCGUCAAAUGCCGGGUCUGCCUUUUUUAAACACAAGGAUGUCCACUCAAUUGUUUUGUUGGCAAUUGUCGAUGCCCACUAUAAAUUCAUUGCUCUUGAUGUCGGUUCGUACGGAAGAGAAGGCGAAGCAGGCAUUUUUCUGAAGAGUGAGAUGGGAAAGUUAAUAAACAGUGGCAAUUUCAAUAUUCCACCAUCUGCUGCUCUGCCAUCAACGAAUAUCGUGUUGCCAAACGUUAUUCUUGGAGACGAAGCAUUUGCCUUGACCGAUUCGAUGAUGAAGCCGUACCCAAGAGGUCAAUCGCUUCGUGAUGUAACAAAGGCGAUUUACAACUAUCGACACAGCCGGGCAAGAAGAACAACGGAAAAUUGCUUUGGUAUAAUGUCUGCGUAUUUCCGAAUUUUCUUCACGCCGAUUCAUACCACCCCGGAGAAGAUUGACAAAAUUAUUCUCGCUUCAUGUGUGCUACACAAUAUGAUGCGUGAUGAAAAAAUUCCAAGUCAAGCGGAAUCCGCAUUUGGCAACACCGACAAGAAGAAGAGUGAGAUAGAGUAG